AUGUUGGAUGUUGGAUGUUGGAUGUUGGAUGUUGGAUGUGUUGGAUGUUGGAUGUUGGAUGUUGGAUGUUGGAUGUUGGAUGUUGGAUGUUGGAUGUUGGAUGUUGGAUGUUGGAUGUUGGAUGUUGGAUGUUGGAUGUUGGAUGUUGGAUGUUGGAUGUUGGAUGUUGGAUGUUGGAUGUUGGAUGUUGGAUGUGUGGAUGUGUGGAUGUUGGAUGUUGGAUGUUGGAU